GGAAGAAACGCUGGUUUAUCCUGCGGAGUGGCCGCAUGAGUGGUGACCCAGAUGUUCUGGAAUACUACAAGAAUGAUCACUCCAAGAAGCCCCUGCGUAUCAUCAAUCUCAACUUCUGUGAGCAGGUGGAUGCAGGCCUGACCUUCAACAAGAAGGAACUGCAGGAUAGUUUUGUGUUUGACAUCAAGACCAGUGAGCGUACCUUUUACCUGGUGGCCGAGACCGAGGAGGACAUGAAUAAGUGGGUCCAGAGCAUCUGCCAGAUCUGUGGCUUCAAUCAGGCUGAGGAGAGCACAGAGCCCUUUCUCCUAUUCACAGACUCCCUGAGAAACAUUUCCUCAGCCAGUCAUGGCCCCCGCUCCUCUCCAGCCGAGCUUAGCAGCUCCAAUCAGCACCUACUCCGAGAACGGAAAUCCUCAGCCCCGUCGCACUCCAGCCAGCCGACCUUGUUCACGUUCGAACCUCCGCUGUCAAACCACAUGCAGCCCACCUUGUCCACCAGUGCGCCUCAGGAGUAUCUCUACCUGCACCAGUGCAUAAGCCGGAGAGCAGAAAAUGCCAGGAGUGCCAGCUUCUCUCAGGGCACCAGGGCCUCGUUCCUCAUGAGGAGCGACACAGCCGUACAGAAACUUGCCCAGGGUAAUGGACACUGUGUCAAUGGGGUCGGUGGUCAAGUCCAUGGCUUCUAUAGCCUCCCCAAGCCAAGCCGGCACAAUACAGAAUUCAGAGACAGUACCUACGACCUCCCUCGGAGCCUGGCCUCCCAUGGCCAUACCAAGGGCAGCCUCACAGGCUCGGAGACAGAUAAUGAGGAUGUGUACACCUUCAAGACACCCAGCAACACCCUGUGCCGGGAGUUUGGGGACCUCCUGGUGGAUAAUAUGGAUGUUCCGGCCACUCCACUCUCAGCCUACCAGAUCCCUAGGACAUUCACGCUGGACAAGAACCACAAUGCCAUGGCAGUGGCCACUCCUGGGGACUCAGCCAUAGCUCCUCCACCUCGGCCCCCCAAGCCAAGCCAGGCAGAAACACCUCGAUGGGGCAGCCCUCAACAGAGACCUCCAAUGAGUGAAAACAGCAGAUCAGUUUCUGCCGCUGCCACCAUUCCCAGGCGCAAUACCCUCCCUGCGAUGGACAACAGCCGACUUCACCGAGCUUCUUCCUGUGAGUCCUACGAGUACCCCCAGCGUGGUGGAGAAAGUGCAGGCCGGUCUGCAGAGUCCAUGAGUGAUGGAGUCACUUCUUUCCUGCCAGGAAAAAUGCUUGUAGGCCGAUCGGAUAGCGCCAGUUCCGAAGACAACUAUGUGCCCAUGAAUCCAGGUUCCUCCACCCUGCUGGCCAUGGACCGAGCAGGCGAUAAUUCCCAUAGUGUCUACAUCCCCAUGAGCCCAGGGCCCCAUCACUUUGACCCGCUUGGCUACUCCUCUACAGCCCUUCCUAUGCACCGAGGCCCCAGCCGAGGGACUGAGAUCCAGCCACCCCCUGUCAACCGCAACCUCAAACCUGACCGGAAAGCAAAGCCAACACCACUUGACCUGAGAAACAACGCUGUCAUCGAUGAGCUCCCCUUCAAGUCACCUGUCACCAAGUCUUGGUCUAGGGCCAUCCACACCUUCAACUCCAGCUCCUCCCAGUACUGCCGCCCCAUCUCCACACAGAGCAUCACCAGCACAGACUCAGGAGACAGCGAAGAGAACUACGUCCCUAUGCAAAACCCAGUGUCUGCAUCUCCCAUUCCCAGUGGCACCAACAGUCCAGCCCCUAAGAAGAGCACUGGCAGCGUCGAUUAUCUGGCCCUGGACUUCCAGCCAAGCUCUCCAAGCCCCCACCGCAAGCCAUCCACGUCAUCUGUCACUUCUGACGAGAAGGUGGACUACGUUCAAGUGGACAAGGAGAAGACCCAGGCCCUGCAGAGCACCAUGCAGGAGUGGACAGACGUGCGGCAGUCCUCGGAGCCUUCCAAAGGCGCCAAGCUGUGACGUGGGGGCCCGCCAAGCCUAGAGAGGGGCCCAGAGGCACCAAAGCUGGUUCCUCCCCGUCUCCCCUUUCUCCUCUCCCAUUGCCCGCUCCGGCCCAUCCCUCUCCACUCUGCCGCUCUGGCCUUCAAAGCACUUGACAUCAGGGACCCUAAACCUUUUCCCUGGGAGGUAAGGACCUGAUUGAGGCACUUCCUCUGCCCACUUGGGGCCCACCUUUGGUUUCUAUCAGUAAUGGCCAUGCCUCUACCCACCUUAGUUAGAGCUAUUGCCAAAAAGUAUCCUUCAGCCUCUUCCUGCCCUUUAGACCUGAGUAUCUAUCAGACGUGCGGAGGUUGGAGUUGAGGAUCUGAGCCAGAUUCCACAACUCACGUUCCCUCACAGCCCUCAGCCCCCUCCCCUGGGCUACCUCCUCCAGUCCUGUAAGAAGCCCGUCAUCUCACUGACCAGGGAGACAAGGACCAGCAGACCAAAGCGGACAUGGAUGUCCGUUCCAUCUGUCUCAGCGGGGGAGAGGCAAGGCCACCAAAAGAUGGAAGAGUCGAGAAAGAAGGUUAGAGGUGGUCUUCAGAAGGGCAGUUGAUACCUGCAGUGGCCCCCACUUUCAGCCAAGUGGCAGUGCAGCUUGUUGUGAGGUGGGAGAGACAGAAGGAUGAGGACGAAAGGAAGGGAAAACUGAGGAAGAUGGGCAAACACGGAGCAGGGCUCAGAGCCCAGGAGCUGGGGAGACAAGGACCGAGGGCUCGGGCCCCUGGACUAUGGAGCCACAGGCCCAUCUGGUGCUCUGGGACAGGGAUUAUAUGCAAGACUUCCCCAAGUCCCCACCACCUGAGGGCGCUGCACCAGAGAAGGCUCAGACCGUGCUGGGUGGUGCAGUGCGUGCUGUGGGAGUGCCAGCAUGGAGAGGGAGGCAGGUGGAGCUGUGCAGAGUGUGGGAUGUAAGAGAGAGGGAGCAUGGGGGGCACUGGAGGUCAUGCCAAGACUUAAGGGCAACCCUAGAACAGGAAUGGGCUGGGCAGAGGCACAGGGCAGUGCACGGGACACUGCAUGGGGGACAGUGGAGCAAGUUUCUGCAAGAUGGGCAGUGCAGCAGGGAGAGGCGCAGAUACUGAUGAGAGGAGAGGCAGGCGUGAAGGCCACGGAGCGGAGGACAGCACAGCAAGUGGGGAGACAUACCCAAAGGGCCUGGUGGAGUACCCAAGGCAGUGGCAUGGGGAUGCAGGGCGGGAGAGAAAGUGAUGUGUGGUGUCAGGGGAGCAGCACACGUGGUGGCGUGACGCAAGGGCAGUUCCCAGGACUGAGAGAUGACACGUAAAGCAGUGCAAGGGCCAGAGCGGGGCAGAAUGGAGCUUGGAGGAUGACAUGUGGGAAUGGCUGACGGCUGGUGUGGUGUGGCUAGGGUUUGUGCCAGGUCCCUGAGCAGGUACAAGUGUGGCCUGGUGCCAGGCUCAGAGCGUUUUCUCAAUUCACCUCACCUUCUGUUGCUCCCUCACAUCCCAGGUGCCAUGUUGGACUCAAACCUGGCUACAGGAACAGGAGAGGCCAGGCCUCUCCUCCCAUGGUUUGAAAGGCCACCAGAUCAGCACCAACCUCCACACAUCCCUGGCAGGGACAAGAGGUAGGGCUUCACCCCAGGCUCAAUCCUGAGCCUAGGGAGUGGGGGAUUUGAAUCUUUUAUAUGUUGAAAGUUCCUGACCAACUGUUCUGGAGUUUCAGAGGCAACUGGGGAGACUAGAUAUUUCAUCCUACCCUGAGGGGUGAGUAAACCUUCCUCUUAAAAAAGAAAGACUCUCCACUGUGAUUAGAUGAGGUGGCUCUCGCUCGCCUCUCAGCUUCCCUCACCAGCCCGACGGCCUGACCAUUCCCUAAGAAGUCCCAUCCUGGGAGAAAUCAUUUCCUCAACAGUAGCCCCUUCCUCUUAAUAUUAGUUCAAAUCAACUCAACCAGCAUUUAUUAAUGGCUGCUAUGACCAGGCUCUGGGCUGGGCACUGAGGACACAGGAAUUAAUCAGAAGGUCACAAUCAGUGAGAAAAAAGAUAAGGACACGAGGUAUUGGUAAUGUCCAUGAGAGAAGUAAAAUGCUGAUGUCCCCUUUCCUAAGACAGAAGCACAGCCAUUCUGAAGUGACUGGAGCAUGGACAAAGGAAGUGAGGCUACUUCUCUGGGAGGCUGGUGCCAGGGGCAGGAGUGGGAAGCGGGUAGAGAUCAGAGAAGGUGGUUACUAGGAAAGGAGGUGCCUGGAAUGUGCCAGGUUUUUACAGGGAAGGAGAGCAGUGCUGGGCCCAGUGGAGGAAGAAGCUUUGUGCUUUGGGAACAGAAGACCUUUGGGAGCGUGCGUCCAUGCUGCGGUGUUCCUGCAGGUGGAGUGGUGAUGGUGGCAGGGGCCUACAGUGGGCAGUUUGCUGGUUCACUCUGCCCAGCCCUGAAUGUGUCCUUUUAAGACCCUCUACGAAGGGUCUCAUGUGGCAGAGCUUUUAAUGGUACCACCCCCGUGCCCCCAGCAGGCUACAGGUGGGCCCUGGUAUUGACGCUCUCGGUUCCCAGCCCCAGCAGCUCACCCCCAUUAACCCCUGGGUACCCUAAUAAUGUCAGCAUUUUCUGAACGUGCCAUGAUGUGAAUGAAACUGGUCGGAGUCCCAGAGACUAAGAUGUUCAAAUCUAAUCUGCAAGGAGACCUCCCUUCAGUUCUUGGUUCCUGUAACUCCCCAACUCUCAGGGUGGAGGGGCAAGGGUAGAGAUGGAAGGAAGUAGAAGAGCAGAGGAACUCCCAAACCCCAAAGUGCCGGGCGUUCACUACACACCUGUCAGCUCAGUUUAAAAAACUGAUCCUUUGACCUAUCAGUGGGUCAAAGUCUGCCUCUCCUGGUGGCCUGGCAAGAACAGGGAUGCUUUCUCAGUCCGCAUAGCUCUCACAGGGCUCAUCCCGCCUGGGGCUCCUCACGGAAGGAGCCGUCCUCACCCAGUUCCAGCUCCAUCUCCGCAGAGUUAACAAAAGUAGAGCAGGGACAAUGAGAUAAGAGAGAGCAAGUGCUACAGGAGAUGUGUCUCCCUUGGACCUUGAUUUGCCAGUCUGUGAAAUGGGUGGUUGUAUUAGGUGGUCUCUGGGGCCUCUGAUGUGAACGAUCCUCAGCUGUUUCGCGAGAGAACUACCUGCCCUGUGACUUCUCUCUCAAGGGCC